AUGGCCCACCAAGCACAUGCCUAUCACAUAGUUGACCCAAGCCCAUGACCACUGACCGGAGCUAUCGCUGCCUUGCUGAUAACAUCUGGCCUAGCAAUCUGAUUCCACUUCCACUCAACAGUACUAAUAACCUUAGGAUUAAUUCUCCUACUUCUCACCAUAUACCAAUGAUGACGUGACAUUAUCCGAGAAGGGACCUUUCAGGGACACCACACACCACCUGUACAAAAAGGACUACGAUAUGGAAUAAUCCUAUUUAUUACCUCAGAGGUGUUCUUCUUCUUGGGGUUCUUCUGAGCCUUCUACCACUCAAGCCUGGCACCCACCCCAGAGCUAGGAGGAUGCUGACCCCCCACAGGAAUUACCCCAUUAGACCCAUUCGAAGUCCCACUCCUUAAUACAGCCGUUCUAUUGGCAUCAGGGGUCACAGUAACAUGAGCCCACCACAGCAUUAUAGAGGGGGAGCGAAAACAAGCUAUCCAAUCCUUAACACUAACCAUCUUACUAGGACUCUACUUCACCGCAUUACAAGCCACGGAGUAUUACGAAGCCCCCUUCACAAUUGCAGACGGAGUCUAUGGCUCAACAUUCUUCGUAGCUACAGGUUUCCAUGGACUACACGUCAUUAUUGGGUCAACCUUCCUAGCCGUGUGCCUUCUACGCCAAGUCCAAUACCACUUUACAUCUGAACACCACUUCGGCUUUGAAGCCGCUGCCUGAUACUGACACUUCGUUGACGUAGUGUGGCUCUUCCUUUAUGUAUCUAUCUACUGAUGAGGCUCAUA